AUGCCAGAACACGUCCUCGGCAGAAGCUACUUCGGCAAGUACUUGAACAAGUACAACGGGUCCUACAUCCCCCCCGGCUGGCGCGAGUGGGGAGGGCUCAUCAUGAACUCCAAGUACUACAACUACAGCAUCAACAUGAAUGGGAAGCGGAUUAAGCAUGGCGAUGACUAUCAUAGAGACUACUACCCAGAUCUGAUAGCCAACGACUCCAUCGCCUUCCUCCGGGCAUCGAAGAGGCGAUUCGCAAGGAAACCGGUGCUGCUGGUGAUGUCCUUCCCAGCUCCUCACGGGCCUGAGGACUCUGCUCCUCAGUACUCUCAUCUGUUCUUCAACGUCACCACCCAUCACACCCCAACUUAUGACAUGGCCCCGAACCCCGACAAGCAGUGGAUCCUGCGGGUCACGGAGAAGAUGAAGCCGAUCCACCGUCAGUUCACCGAUCUGCUCAUGACGAAACGCCUUCAAACGCUGCAGAGCGUCGAUAUGGCUGUAGAACGAGUGUACCAGGAGCUCAAAGCUCUUGGAGAGCUGGAUAACACGUACUUGGUGUACACGUCAGACCAUGGCUACCACUUGGGCCAGUUCGGGCUGGUGAAGGGCAAGAGCUUCCCGUUCGAGUUCGACAUCAGGGUGCCGUUCUUGGUGCGAGGGCCUGGCGUGGAACCGGGAACUGUGGUGGACGACAUAGUUUUGAACAUCGAUCUAGCGCCUACUUUCCUCGACAUGGGUGGCGUGGAGCCCCCAGCUCACAUGGACGGCCGGUCGCUGCUGCCGCUGCUGCAGCCGCGGCGCAGACGCAUGGCAACCGCGCACUGGCCAGACACAUUCCUAGUUGAAAGCUCAGGGAGACGCGAGACUCAGGCGCAUUUGCUAGCAUCAAAAUACAGCCGGCUAAUGAAUGAACGAGCGAGCACUCCCCAGCCAAACGAUGUGUCUUCGGAGAGUGAUUUCGACGAAGAAUUCGACGAUGACGAUUUUCUGGAGCCAGAUGACGACGAAGAGGAUGAUGAUGAUGAGGAAAGUUCUGAAUCGCAAAAUGUGGAGGCAAAAUCAUCUGUGGAACCGUUGAUCAGCAAUGAAAGUCACAAUCCAGUACUAGAAGCCAAAUUCGAAAAAGCUUUGGAGGAAGCCAGUACCAACGGACAGUCGGAUUUCUUAAAUCCAGAAGAAGGAGCAGAUUCCUCAUUUUUGAAUGGCAAAGCAGCUCGUUUGGCAGCAGAAUGUUCGAAAGCUGAACUUCGAGCGCCAUGUUCCGCAGGCAGAAAGUGGAAGUGUGUCUUGGUAAAUGGAAGAUGGAGGCGACACAAGUGCAAGUACGAGUCUGAAAUAAGCACCACUACCCCUAAGAUGAGUACGAAAAAGUGCGCCUGCUUCACUCCCAGUGGUCUGGUUUACACCAGACUUGAAACCGACGGCACUAUAGCAAGACGUCCCAAUGAUACUUUGAAGGAAACUAAUGGAUCCAGAAGCCGCCGAUCUAUUGACAAUGAAGUUUAUGAACCUAACACUGUUGAUAGCAUUCUCGAAGAAAACCCAAGCAUUGGACAUUUAAGUUUCAGAAACGAGCCUAUCGACGAAGACGCGAAUAAUAGCUUCCAAGAGAGCAUCGAUCAACUUAUAAAAGAAACUGAAGCCUUUUUAAAAGCUUACGAAAAUACCAAAGAAAAUAUAGAACAUAAGAGGACAAAACGAAGGGCUCAGCAUUGGACUCAUAACAAUAAAAAUAAACACAAAAAUGAUGCCAUUGUAAAUAGUAAUGAAUCGUCUUUAGAGUGUAAGAUUGAAAAGGAUGGAACAGUAAACUGUUCACAAGUUAUUUAUAAUGAUUUGAAAGCAUGGCACACUAAUAGGCUUAGUUUGGAAGACCAAAUAAGACAGUUAAGAACUAAACUCGAGGAUUUAAAGGAAAUAAAGCGACAUUUGAAAACUGCAAAGCCUUUAGAAUCUCAAAAUGUACAUUCGCAUCUUGUAAAUAACCAUCUGCAUAACAAAACAGCUACUCACGACCAUAACAGUUCAAAGGAACAUUUAAGGAAGAACCGAUUACACAGACUCAGAUUCAAACCUAAGGGCAAUAACACAUCUUUCGACAAAAAGUUUAGACAGUCUAACGAAUACAUAAUGCCUACUGUGAACGCUAAUACCAAAGACGAUAUUUUCGACAUUCAACUUAAAAACGAAACUGUUACUGAAACUCCUGCAGCUAACUUCAAUGUUACUGACGAAGGAGUUACGACAACAUUCAUCGAUCCUCUAGAUAGGGAAUUACCAAAGCCACAGGUAACGACUAUCAUAAUAGAAGGCAACAACUUUUACCAGAAUGGAUUAAACGUAGACAAGACUACAGUACAAAACGUUGAAACGUCUACUGGUGGAGAGGAAGUAGUAUCUGUGGAAUUGGAGAGGCAAUUUGAAACGUCUAGUACUAAACACGAUAGCACAACGGAGCAAGCGAUUCCCGUUAACUAUUCCGAAAGAGCGCAAUACUUCAAUUCGGCAAUCGACAAGAUACUGUCCACAGAAAAGACAGUGGAAUUAGAUAGCGAAAUCACACCUAUAAAUACUACAGUAGAGACACCAACAACAACUACAAAUUCUCCGCGGAAAUUAGGACCAACAAGAUUCGAUGCUUCAGAAUAUGAACAGAGAAAUCCCAAUAAGGAGUCAUCGAAGAAUACGAGUGUCUUUAACAAGCAAGUUGAUGUGUUCCAAAGACGGCUUCAUCCUUUGUUUAUUGAGAACGAGGACAAACAUGUUUGUUAUUGUGAGGAAAGCAGGAAAGUCAGAGGUCCUGGUCAUAGUUACUUGGAAGCGGCUCAAAAAGCUAGAGAAGAGCGAAGAAAGCUUAAAGAACAAAGGCUUCGCAAAAAAAUGAGAAAGGCUAAGAAGAAGGCCGAGUUGGAAAGGCUGUGCGAGUCCGAGCGUAUGAAUUGCUUCCGACACGACAACGACCACUGGCGCACCGCUCCGCUCUGGACAGCGGGGCCUUUCUGCUUCUGCAUGAGCGCAUCUAACAAUACCUACAACUGCGUGAGAACCAUUAAUGCGACACACAACCUUCUGUACUGCGAGUUCGUGACUGGACUCGUCACUUACUACAACUUGAGAAUUGAUCCUUUCGAAACGCAGAACCGAGUGAAAUACUUAACAGCUGCAGAGAAAGAUUACUUCCAUAAUCAACUUCAACAGUUACUUAGCUGCCGGGGACCGUCUUGCCGAAGAUUUUCCCAUUCAAAUCCAUUAGGUACGAGCAGCGAAGAGAACUUAAGCAGAAGAUUUGAGGACGAUCACAGAUUUCGCGAUAGAGGAGAUGUUAUCGGAUAUAAAGAAAGGGCAUGGCGAUGGAGUGGAUACGGUCGCCGCUACGCCAGAGAGAGGCUUCACAGACGUCGUCACGCUUUAGCGUUCUAGUCUACCCCAUAGUAUAAAUAUUGUAAAUUCUCAAACAAAGCAGAACUUGCUUGAACCUUUGAAGGCAGAGGGAAUAAAGAAAGAAUCAUAUUUUUUACUUUAUUACCUUGCCUUAAGGUCCAAAGACAUUGAACAACUUGAAAUAAAAUAUGCCUAAAGGGUGGCACCCAAGGUGGCAAGUUCAAAAAUAUUUGGUUGUAUCAAAAAAUUUUAGUUUUUAUAUCUUUGAAACAGAGACAUUGACACAACAAAUACCUAGUAUAACUGAAUUUAUGAGAAUAUCGAUAAAAUAGCACUGAAGCUAAAUAUAAUUAUAACUAAGAUAAUAAUUUAAAAGCAUCGAAUAUUGUAGGGCUUCCUAUGUAUUUCAUCUUUCUGCUUUAUGGAAUAGUUUAAAACUAGUGGGACUUAAAAAUAGCUUUGUGUAGGUGGGUACAAUCUUUCUGUGCCUAUUUUAUAGAGAAAAAUAAAGAAAAAUCUUACUUGUGUAAAAGAAAGGUCACUGCCGAAACUGUGCUUAUAUUCUACGGGGUAAAGACUAUCCUUUUUUGUAAAAAUGUUAUUCUGUUGGUACAAUCUGUUAUUAUGCUUUUUCGGCCUAAUUACUACAUGCAUUAAUUUUAUAUUCACCUUUUUAUACUUGAACCCAUUUCAAACCCUUGUAUUUUCUGUAUUUCAUUUUGUUUUAUAGUGCCCUGCUAUUUCUAUAUUGUUUCAUAUUUCAAAAAACAAUUAUUGUAGGGCUAUUUAACUUUAAACUAGCAUUUACUACACUUUCUAGCUUUAAAUAAUUUAUUCUUAACUAUGUAAUUGGAAGAAGUAUGUCCUAAGUACAAGCAUCAUUUUUUAUUUGUCUACACAUACUUACUUUUGUUAUAAAAUGCCUUGAAUUUCUAAUUAGCUGUGUUCAUAAUAGUGAUGCUUUUAAAAAAACAGUAUUAGUUAUUAUGAAUUCCAUAUUUUGAUGAUUUAAGAGUUUAACUAAGAAGGGCAAAGAGUUAAUGUAAAAGAGUAGGUAUCACUUUUUAAAAGGAUACGAUUUGUCUAUUAUUUAAGGUAAAUGAAUAUUAUUUACUGCCUA